AUGACAAAAAUAUCUUCGCCGUUUCGUAUGAAAGUUCUUCGAAAAAUUGGUGUUUCAUUAUGGCCAUGGCGUCAUAUGACUUUAAAACAAGUUGAGAAGUUAGAUAAAAUUGUUCAAAAGCAAAGUAAACAAACUUCGUUAUUAGAAAGAAAAAAGAAACGUACACAGUUUGCUUAUCAGUUACAAGCAAAACAAAUUGUAAAAGCUUUAUAUGGAAAUCUAAAUACUUCGUAUUUCAUUUCUUUUUAUAAAAAAAGUUUGAAAAUGAUUGGAAAAUCAAAUAUUAAUUUUUUUAGCCAAUUAGAAAGACGCUUGGAUUGUAUACUUUAUCGAGCAAAUUUUGUAACAUCUUUUCAAGAAGCUCGACAAGUGAUCUCACACCAAAAAGUUUGUGUAAAUACAGUAAAAAUAAAUAAACCUGGAUAUAUCGUAAAACCGGGUGAUAUCAUAUCUUUUGUAUCAGACAUAAAAGAUACUCAAGCACUAAGUAUAACAAAUUUUUUAAAUAGACCAGCUACAAUAAAAGCUUUAAAUGAUAAAGGUUCUUUACAAAGUAAAAACAAUCGAGCUCUUUCUCCAACAAAAGUAUUUUAUAAACCAGUUCAUUUAGAAAUAAAUUAUCAUACAUUAACUAUAGUGUAUCUUUAUACACCUCAACAGUUAUAUUACCCAGUACAACUUCCGUUACAGCAUAUUGCUCGUGUGUUUAAUAAAGGGUAA